AUUCUGUUGUCGCCACCAAAAUAAUAUUUGUAAACAAAUUCUUUUCUGCAAUUUCCAAAUCUUCCUUGCAAUAUCUUUGUAAACAAAUUUCUCGCACAAUGCAAAAAUUAAAGAAUGAAUGGGAAAAGGCAUCUUUACUACGGCCAACUGAUAAUAUUUUAUCUCACGUGAUGUUGAAAAAUCCGAGGAUCUUUCAACCAUCCUAUGAAAUUCAGAACAGUCCGGUUAAUAUGAAUUUACUUUUGAGCAUGGAAUAUGCCCGUAUUUGGUUGAAGGAGAAAAAUGAUUUUUUGAAAGAUCGUGCUAAAAAGGCGAAACCAAAAUUCAUCAAAAAUGACUACUGGAAAUGGAUUGAAAAACGUCAACCGAAAGCCUAUAAAAGCUGUGAGGCCCAGGGUUUGAAGAAUCUCAAUAUUAAGGGGAGAAGUUAAAGCUUGUUUACAUAUGCGGUAUGUUCCAGAACCUGGGAGAAUCUGCUAGUUUUGCAAUUUUCUCUGAUAUCAUGAAGGGAAAAUCGGUUAUCGUAGUAAAAACUUCUACAUUCUUGUAGUUCUGGAACAGACCAAUAAUAAAUUGAGUGGAUUUUAACUGUCAAUUUCAUAGCGUAUACGUUAAACGAAAUCCACUGGAUUUGAGAGGCAAAUUCAUUCGGCGUAUACGCAAUGGAAUUGACAGUUGAAAUCCACUUUAUUUUGGAAGUGUAGCGGCAAAAGAUAAUUGUGUUUAAAUGUUUGAAAAUAACUUCUUUGAUGAGGUUUAUUUGACAUAUCUUAAAGGAGAAUAUGUGUCAAAUAAAUGAUGAUAACAUCGUGUUGACAUAAAAUAAAAGCAGCGGGUUUCAGCUGUCAAUUUCA